AUGCGACAGCUCCUUCGCAUAUCCCCGCGGCUACCGGCACGUGUAGAUGUCGUCGCACCCUGUGCAACCCUGCAGCCACGGGGACAGCGACGGCACUACUCGAGGAAGACGCCCAACACCAGCUGGCUCCCGGUACCUUUUGUGACCGAGAACAUUGGCGGACUCCACCAUACGACAGACCUGUUCAGCCGGCUCCUGAAGGAGCGGAUCGUUUCUGUUUAUGGAGAGGUCGACGAUCAGAUGGCCGCGACAGUCACAGCUUCCCUACUCUUCCUCGAAUCCGAGUCCGACAAGCCGAUUUCUAUGUACAUCAACUCCCCCGGCGGCUCAGUGACGGCGGGUCUCUCGAUAUACGACUGCAUGAACUACAUUGUGCCCGAAGUCUCUACACUAGUACUCGGACAAGCGGCGUCAAUGGGCAGUCUCCUCCUCGCAGGUGGCGCACCCGGAAAGAGAUAUUGUCUUCCACAUUCGAGCAUCAUGCUGCACCAGCCAAGCGGCGGGCACUACGGAACGGCAGCGGAUAUUGCUAUCCACGCGAAAGAGAUCCUGCGGAUACGUGAGGUUCUGAACAAGAUCUACGAGAAACAUCUAACCGGCAAGAAGAAGUUGACACUGGCUGACAUUGAGAAGCUGAUGGAGCGCGAUUACUUCCUGAGCGCUGAGGAGGCGUUGGAUCUUGGCGUUGUCGAUGAGAUACUCGCGAGCAGAAAAAAGGUUCCGGAGCCGACUGAGGAUGCCUGA